AUGGAUGCUCUGCGUAUCCGCUGCUCUGUGCUGAGUCUGAGCAGUCUGGAUGUGCUGCAGAGGCUGGAGCAGGCCCUGGAGGCCUCCAGUCGCUGCACCUCCAGCCAGGAGGACCUCCACCUGUGGCUGGGCCGCAUCGAGAGGGAGCUCUUGGGGGCAGCAGGAGCGCAGACACAUGCUGGAGAUGCAGUGCUGUGUGCAGCUGAGAGACAGAGGCUGGAACAGGCUGUGGUGAAGGAGAUGGCUUGGUUUAAAGACACAGCUCUGAAUCUUGAAAAGCUGAAAACCAUUCAUCUGGAUCCAGAGCUCAUAGCAGAACAACUCUAUGAGCAGAAGAUUUUGGCAGUGGAGAUCCUCCAGCACAGGUUCAACAUUGAGAAGAUGGUGAAGAUUGCUGAAAUCUUGCUGACAUACAGUGAUGAGGGAGAAACAGGCAAUUUGCAGACCCCACUAGAGGCCUUACAGGAACAAUGCAACACCACCUCAGCCACCAAUUCCCACGUGGUCCUGCAGCUUGAGCACACUCAGUCACUUCUCCUCCAGUUCUCGGAGGGCCUUGCUGAGGUUUCGCCUUGGCUUGGAGAAACCCAAACCCUAAUUGGCCAGCUCUCCCUGAGCUCAAUUAGCUAUGAGGCAUUUCGGGAACAACAGGACCUCUUACAGGGUCUGAGGGAGUCUAUAGCAGAACACAGACCCUUAAUUGCACGCUUAUGCUCGCUGGCAAAACGCUUGUCAGAACUAAACCCCAUCCAGGGGGAUGAGUUCUGCCGAAAGGCAACAGAGGCCGAGGAGCAGCACAAAGCCAUCAGAGACAGAGUCAGAGAGACUGCUAAUCUUCUAGAGGAAUCGUUGCCUCGAUUCACACAGCUGAAUGAGAGGAUGACCCUUAUCAGAGAGAGUCUUGACCGCCUGCGCAGUCGCAUACAGACUCCCAACUCGCUUCAAGGCCUCACCCCAAGGAUCCAGGAGCAGCUGCAGGACAACAAACACACGCUGGCUGAGCUCUCCAAGCUGGAGCUGGGCCUUGGCAGUGUCAAAACACAGGCAGAUGAACUGCUGGCUAACACGCAGGCAGCUGGUGAUGGAUCUGUUGGCACAGCAAUCCAGGAGCGAGUGUCGAGCCUGUCCCAGCUGUGGGAUGAGACACACACUCAGGCCCAGGAGAGGGAAAGCUGGCUGCUCAAGCUCUUGGAUCUUGCCCUGAAGUUCUGGAGCGAUGUCAGCGAUGUCACGGUUGCUCUCAGUGAUGCUCAACAGGCAGUUUUGGAUCUCAACGCUAGUCGAACAGAUUCCGAAACAAUCCGCCAGAGCCUUGAAACCAUGCAGACCCUCAGGGAGGAUAUUGACAGUUUACAGGGAGAUCUGGACACCCUUGGUGUUUUGGGAAUGGAUCUGAUGUCAGCAUGCGGGGAUACAGACAAACCAGAUGUCACAAAGAGCCUGGAUGAACUCUAUUGCACAUGGAACCACUUGAGCAAACUGUGGAACGAAUGUCACAAAAAGCUGGAGGAGUCCUUGCAGAUGGCGCUACAAUAUCAAGAUACUAUGCAGGGUCUUUUUGAGUGGUUGAAGUCUGCUGAGCUGAGGUCUACUGAGGAGUUUAUGGUUGGAACUGACCUGGACUCUGUCAAAGAGCAGCUGUGUGAUCUCAAGGAAUUUAAGCGAGAACUUUACCAGAAGAAAAUAGAGAUAGAAAGUCUCAACCAUCGCUUUGUGUGCCGCCUGUCUCCAGGCUCAGAGCGUCCAGGCUCUGUCUCGCCGCUGUGUGACUUCAGGCAGCGUUGGGACAGCUUGGAGUCAGAGACUGUCAACAGACAGCAUCAGCUGGAGUGUGCUCUGCUGGGUCUGGGUCAGUUCCAGAACACACUGGAUGAGCUGCACACAUGGCUUUCCAGGACCGCUGAACAACUGCAGGGCAGCCAGCCAAUCAGCAUCGACCUGCAGGCCUGUGAGAUAGAGCUGGCCAAACACAAGGUCUUGCGUAAUGAUGUCAUGUCCCAUGUUCGCACGAUGGAAUCCCUGAACAAGGCAGGCAGGGGGCUGCUGGAGGUCGGGUCUGGGGACAGCCCGCAUGGUCUGCAGUCUCGGCUGGAGCAACUCAAUGACAGCUGGGAGUUUGUCCGCUGUGAGACUGAACGCAGGCAGCUGGAGUUAGAGAACAGACUGAGUCAGGUACAAGAUGUUACAAUGGAGAUUCAGGAUCUCCUGCAGUGGCUGGAGAACACUGACCUUAGACUGUCUUCUAAAACCAUGUGGGGCAUGCCGGACUCUGCCAGUGAGAGGCUCAAUGCACACUUGGAGUUGUGCACUGAGAUGGAGUCAAAGCUCCACGCCUACACAGAUGUGAAGAACGCCAUCCACAGGAUGCUGGAGAGCAGCAAUGUUGUGCGGGGAUCGAGCACCGAGCACAGCUUAUCUAUUUUGGAACAAAAAUGGGUGUCUGUUUACAGCAAAGUCCAGGAGCGAAAGGCUAGACUUACAGAAGGACUGAGCCUAGCCAAGGAGUUCCACAGUAACGUCCAGGAACUUCUCACCAAGAUGAGCAAGUGUGAAGAAUCCAUCGGGCUUCUUCCUGCUCCCAGCUUUGUUCUGGACAAAGUUUGUACUCAACUGCAGGAUCACAGAACAUUGGUGAAUGAGGUGAAUGGUUAUGGUGAGAAGAAGACCACAAUGGAGAACAUGGCCCGGAGAUUGAUAGAACUGAGCAGGAAGGACGACUGUGACAUCAUUCAUAACCUAAUCAUGACCGUCCAGGAUCGCCACAAAAAGCUACAGCAGCGCGCCUCAGAGAGAGGCAGGACGCUGGAGGAGGUGAAAAAGAACGCCAAACAGUUCAAUGAAUCGUGGCGCCUCCUGGUGGACUGGAUGACAGAGGUAGAACAGACGUUAGACACUCAUAAAGAGAUCGCUGUGUCCCAUGAGGAGAUUAAACAACAAUUGACUGAACAGAAGGAGUUCCAGAAACUGCUGAGGUCAAAGAGGCCCAUGUACGAAGCUACACUGAAGCGUGGACGCAGCCUUCACGAAAGAGCUCAAACCGGCCAUGAUAGACAGCAUCUGGAAAAUCUACUGGCUGAACUCAAAGACACAUGGGACACCAUCAGUGGCAAGUCUAUGGAGAGACAACACAAGCUGGAGGAAGCACUGCUGUUCUCAGGUAGAUUCACAGAUGCUCUCCAGGCACUGAAUGACUGGCUGUACAGAGCGGAGCCGCAACUAGCUGAGGACGUUCCUGUUGGUGGAGACAAAGACAUGGUCAACAACCUGAUUGACAAACAUAAGGCCUUCCAAAAAGAGUUAGGGAAGCGAGCCGGAUGCAUCAGGACCCUGAAGCGCUCGGUGAGGGAUCUGACCAGGAGCAGCACAGCUGAUGCUCACUGGCUGCAGGAGCAGAUGGAUGAGCUGGAGGGCCGCUGGGAGGCAGUGUGCAAACUGUCUGUCAGCAAGCAAGACAGACUGGAGGCUGCACUUAAGCAGGCUGAAAAAUUUGACAGACUUGUCCACUCCUUCAUGGAACGCCUCACUGAGGCAGAAAGGAUACUGAAAUAUGGGGUGAUACCGGAGGACGAGGAGGGCUUGCUUGCUUUCCGCAAACAACACCAGGAAUCAAUGGGUGCCUUGCAAGCUCAGGCUGUGGAGUUACAGAACAUCCAGUGUCUGGGUGAGGAGAUCCUGGCUUCCUGUCACCCAGACUCCAUAAUUACACUAAAGUCUUGGAUCAGUGUCACUAAGACCCGAUAUGAAGAGGUUCAGACCUGGGCUCAGCAGCAGAGCCAGAAGAUCCAGGCCAGCUUGGCAGCGCUGGAAGCAGAGAGAGAGGAAGUCCAGAGGCUACUAGACUGGAUCUCUUCAGCAGAGGAAGCCCUCAACCUCAGAGACCAAGAGCCGCUGCCUGAGACCACAGAGGAGAACCAGGAACUGAUUGAGCAGCACACAGUAUUCAUGGAGGAAUUGAAUAAAAAGUUCCCAGAGGUUGAACAUGCCACAAAAUCCUGCAAGCACAAGAGCAUUUCUAAACAGCAAGUUUCCCCCAGCAAACGAACACUCUCAAAGAGGAGGAGCACUCUGAAGCUGCCGCCUGUUGUACCAAUUCCCCUGGAGCACCUUGACCCCCAGACCCCAGAACUCAGUCAGCUGGUCAAAGAGUGGCAGAAACUUUGGCUCCUGGCUGUGGCGAGACAAACCCGUUUGGAACAACAACAGCAAACACUCAAAGAGAUGGAAGAAUUUGCAAACUUUGACUUCAAUAUUUGGCGAAAGCGCUACAUUCAGUGGAUUAGUCAUUUGAAGUCACGGAUCUUAGACGUGUUCCGCAGUAUCGACCGGGACCAGGAUGGACGCAUCAGCCAGAAGGAGUUUGUCGAUUAUGUCCUCGCCUCCAAAUUUCCCACCAACUCUUUAGAAAUGAAUGCAGUGGCAAACAUCUUCGACUUGAACAGUGACGGCUACAUUGACUACUACGAGUUUGUAAGUGCACUUCACCCCAGCAGAGAUCCCUACAGGAGAACACUUGAUGCAGACCAAAUCAAUGAAGAGGUGAGUCGGCAGGUUUCACAGUGUAACUGUCCCAAGAGGUUCCAAGUGGAGCAAAUAAGUGCCAACAGAUACAGGGUGAACUAUAACUUACAAUAUGUUUUGUGUGUGCAGUUUGGAGAUUCCCAACAGCUGCGGAUGGUUCGGAUCUUGCGCAGCACGUUGAUGGUCAGGGUGGGAGGAGGCUGGACAGCUCUAGAUGAGUUCCUGGUGAAGAAUGACCCAUGCAGAGUGAAAGGCAGGACCAACCUGAAGAUCAAGGAGAAGUACUUGUCUCCUGCAGGAAGCACUUCUAAGGGUUUGACCGUCAGCAGGUCCAACUCAAGCCUCAGCCUCUACAGCAGUGCCUCCGCCCCCACCAGCCCCAUGACACGCAAGUUAACAAUAUUUUGA